AUGCUUCUGCUUCUGCUUGCCUCUCUGGCCUACCUCUACUACCGCUCACGUGCGCUCUCCCACGUGCCUGGCCCAUGGCUCUCGCGCUUCACCAGCCUCACGCUGAAAUACCACGAAUUCCGCGGCCGGCGACGCGAGUACAUCCACGCUCUGCAUCGCUGGUAUGGUCCUGCGGUGCGUCUGGCGCCCAACGAGGCCUCGUUUACCUCCCUCGAGGCCGUGAAGGAGGUGUACGCUGCCGGGGGGAGCGGGUACGACAAGACGGAGUACUAUAGUCUGUUUUGCCAGUUUGGCAUUCGGACGAUGUUUUCCACACUGAAUAAAGAAGAGCACCGCCGGCGAAAACGGAUUCUGGCCGAACGAUACACGAUGACCAACGUCAUGCGCGAGCCGUUGCUAGAAGGGAUCCAAGAGCGCGCCAGGGCGUUUACAGCGAAAUGCGCAAACAGCGUCGGAAGCGUGGAUAUCUACGCUCUUCUACACUGCUACGCUCUCGACUGCGUGACGCAUUUUCUCUUCGGCGACGGGCUGGACUCGCUAUGCCUGCCGGCUAAUUAUGAGAUCAUGGCGGAAAUGACAUACCACCAGAGUUUGCAAAAAAACCUACUACACUACUACCUGCCACGCAUCGCCCCGUACCUCCCCUUCUGCCAGCCCCGACACGCCCCUCUAGCCAACGAAUACGUCAUCGGAGCGAUGAAGAAGAAAGUCGACCAGGAAGCAAGUAGCAAAACCCAGCAGCACGAGUCGUACUCGCUGAUCGACCGGCUCCUUUCCUCGAUGGAGGGCAUGCCGGCCGCCGCGGAAUGCAAAGACCACAUGGCCGCGGGGAUCGACACAACAGGCGACGCCCUCUGCUUUGCCAUCUGGCAGCUCUCCAAGGAGAAGCAUUCGCACGUCCAAACCAAGCUGAAGGAGGAGUUACGCGAACACUACCGAUCAGACCAGGCCGGCGAUCUUCGCUCCCUCGAUCGCCUGCCCUACCUUGACGCCGUGAUCAAGGAGACCCUCCGCCUGACACCCCCGAUCCCCAUGUCUCUACCCCGUUACGCACCAGGAGGCAAAGGUAAGAGCAACGUCGUGAUAGACGGCUACGCCAUCCCCGCGGGCACAAUCGUGAGCAGCCAGGCGUACAGCGUGCAUAGACUCAACCAAGAUGUGUUUCCCGAAAGCGACCGCUUCACUCCGGACCGCUGGCUAGGCGACGCUCUCGACCAGAAUAGACUCUUCUUUGCUUUCGGGCAGGGCAGUCGUGGAUGUACAGGACGGAAUUUGGCGACGAUGGAAAUGAAAAUCCUGCUGGCAGAAGUAUACCUGCGGUUCAGCACUAUUAAUGAAAACGAAGACCAGAUGGAUAUGGAGCUGGACGACCAGAUCAUCUCUGCUAGACCGAGGGGGCAGAUGUGUAAGGUGGUGUUUACAUAG